AUGGUUGUCCUCUGUGCAGAGGUUCGUUCGCAGGAUUCCUGGGUCGUCAACGAUGACCGACCCGGCCACUUUCCGGACCCUGACGAAGUCGACCUCGAUGACUAUCUUACUGGAUCGUAUGCGCAAUACGACGCAGCACAUGGUCCCGGCCACUCUUCACGACCGUCCUUGGGCCAGCGCGCACAAACGAGAAAUCCUGGUGACGGUAGGGACUUUAUCAGGUCCGGGAACUACAGUGAGCGGACAGGAGGCGCUAGGGGGUUUGGCCGUGCUGACCAUCUCUGGCAAGACCUCGACUCUCGUCACAUUCCAAAUAGCAUGUUAUCAGGACCAGCCUCGACAAGACCAAUCAACUUCAGCAACCUCAUAACGUUGGGAACUGGUCGUGCCAGACACGAGCCCGGCUCGCCGGCUACAGAAGACAACGAGUCACAACUAGCAUCAUGGACACACUUCGCCGGACGUCCGUUCAAUCAUGAUGCCUAUACUGACGGGCACGUCGUUCCCGACAUUGGAGCACAGGACUUCCGUCUGGAUUUCGUGCCAGACUUCAACCAGCGAACUACCAACCUGCAACUGAACAGCGUGCUUAAUCAUCAGAGCUCCGAUCAGAAUCGAUCCCCCGCUAUAGAGUCCAUCGCCCGCAUCUUAACAAUUGGCACGCCCAAAUUCCGACGCGGCAGCGAUGGCAUCUGUGAAGCCGAUACAGCCGCUGCUAAAAAGGCCGCUCGACGGCGCGUCGCUGGAUCCAGAGUACAGUAA